CCCAACACCCCCCAACCCUCCCGCCGCCGUCUCGCCAAGCUCUCCCCCGUCACCUUCGGACACUCACUCACACACACGUGCCAAACGGCCGAGCGGCGGUCGCUUCACCGUUUGCUGGCGCCGUUCAGCUUCUUGACACUGAGCGCAGCUGAGGAAAAGGACGCAACCAUGGAGCACAGCCACAUCUUCCCCGUUUCCACCCCCAAUGAGAGCAGCUGGAGUGUGGGGCAGCAUGCCUUGGAGGUGGCCCCCGGGUGUCCCCUCGGACCACUGCCAGUCAUCUACUACAGCAUUUUGCUGUGUCUUGGCUUGCCCGCUAACAUCCUGACGGUGGUCAUCCUGUCCCAGCUGGUGCUGCGUCGUCAGAAGUCGUCCUACAAUUAUCUGUUGGCGCUGGCAGCAGCCGAUAUUAUGGUCCUGCUGCUCAUUGUUUUUGUCGACUUCAUACUGGAGGACUUCAUUCUGGCCACGCCCCUUCCGCCAUCCAUUAACAGCGCCGUUCAGGUUCUGGAGUUCUGCUCCAUCCACACGUCCAUCUGGAUCACCGUUCCACUCACCGUCGACCGCUACAUCGCCGUUUGCCACCCGCUGCGCUACCACACUGUCUCCUACCCGGCGCGCACGCGAAGAGUCAUAUUCGCCGUUUACGUCGGGUGCCUGCUGUCGGCCGCACCGUAUUACUGGUGGCCCGAGCUGUGGCACGGCUCGAGCGGCUCUGAGAUCGACGGUCGAACCGCGGCUCAGCACGUCUUGGUGUGGGCCCACUGCGCCACCAUCUACCUCCUCCCGUGCGGCGUCUUCUUUACCCUCAACGCCGUCAUCGUACGCAAGCUUCGACGGCGCCGCAGCUGCUUCCGGAUGCGUGGCUACUCCACUGGCAAAACAACGGCCAUCUUGCUCGCCAUCACCUCCAUUUUUGCCGUGCUGUGGGCACCUCGCACCCUCAUGAUCCUUUACCACUUCUACUCGGAGCCUCCGGCCUCACCCACAGCCGGCCGCCUCCUUCACGUUCUUACGGACCUGGCCAAUAUGCUAGCGUUGCUCAACACCGGCGUCAACUUUUUCCUCUACUGCUUCAUUAGCAAGCGUUUCAGGGCCAUGGCAGCCAACGUGCUACACGCGCUAAUCCACUGCCGGAAGCAGCCACAGCCGUUUUACGCUAGUCACAAUUUCUCCAUCACAAGCAGUCCCUGGAUCUCGCCUGCCAACUCCCACUGUAUCAAAAUGUUGGUGUACCAGUACGACAAAAACGGGAAGCCUAUUUGUAUUUCCUCUUGAGAGCUAGGGCUCAGUCAUUAGAAGGGUCCAUCGGGGUAUUUCUCACUCUGGAGACCACGGCAGAAACAACAGCACCACUUCUUUCUUUGAGCCAAAACAAAGCAUGCUUUGGCGACAAAAGUUGGUACCAGCAUCUCUUAGCAAAAAAAUACAAUCUCCGCACUCUUGACCACAGACUGAUCGCCCCCUAUAUACGGUUUAUGGGUCGCCAUCUGUACCCGCCAAGUCGAAGCCCGAUGGGAGGCAUAAGAGGCUUUGUUGCCACGAGUUCAGCAGUCGGCGCCGCGCCGCAUGACAUUGAACACCUGCCACGUUGUGUGCCAGAAUGUUCCUGUUAGUCCGAUCAGGGGGUAUUCAGGCACAGCCGCUAACAAUGUAUAAUGCUAGUUUCUAGUUUUAUUAUGCAGAAGAGUCUCUUCUAAGAACAUGUUAUUUGUCAGGUGCUUGUUCUGGAGGUUCCAAGCUCGUUGUGACAACUCUCUAUAUCGUCGGUCAAAUAUGUAUUCAAGCUAGACUGUUACUGUAGCUUCACAAUGAUGUUCAGUGGUAUGGCUAUGAGCUAGUUAUCGUCGUUUCCAGUAUUAGAAAGAGGAAAUUUCUGCCGUUAGUGGAUAGUCCUCUCUGAACUAAUAAUGGCCCUGGAUGAUUUACCGCCAGCCAUUACCUGGAUGAAUAUACUGAAUGUAACUGAACGUCUCUUUAACCCUUUAUCAGCCAGAUUGGGACAAGAUAAAAGCCUUUUGCCACUAAGUAAAACAGUUUUUUACAUAUUUUGAACAACUAGAAGUGGUUUGUAAUUUAAAUGGGCAACACGAUGGUGUUUAAAUUCAAAUCUAGGCUUUGGCUUUAUGCUGGGUUUGCGUUUUCUUUCCUUGCUUGUGUGGGAUUUCUUUGGGUAGUCCAUCACACAUUCCAAGUCACCUUCACUGUCAACCAGAAAUUAGUUAUUGAUGUAAGUGUGAGAGGGAAUUACUGUUAUACCCCUUUCCGACUGGCCAAAAAACCUGUGUCAACCCACUAGCAAUCGGCUUUUGGUGGCAGUGGGAAAGGUGCAGCGACCCGCCUCGACCCGUGUCAAUCAACCUGCCAAGCGACCCGCGUUAAAAUCACCUCGGCUCUGAUCGUCAUGCAGUGUGAAAGCAAAACCCCGGGUCAACAGUCAACACCCUAAUCUACGUGGUGACGUCGGCUCUUACGUGAUACGUCAUAACAACAUGCCAGUCGCCUCCCAUUUAACACGCUCCACAACCGUAGCUACGUCGAUGCUAACAACAAAGCUAGUAGAAGAAGAAGAAUUCACGUCGCCUACGUUGCCUCAGCACAAGUAGAGUGUUGAUCCUUUGCCACAUUUCGACCAUUUUGAGGGCAGUAAAAAGCAUGAAAACGGAACACAAACGGAAAGGAGGCUUCCAUAAUGCUCUGCAUUGUUUACUUCCUUGAACUGAAUGAAUUCGGUCGCACUUGUUGACGUUGAUCUUAGCGUGGUGACGUCACGUAACCUUACGCACGG